UUAGCUUAGUCAUUAGUUAGUCUGGGUUGUAAUAGAAGCAUAAAUUUUUUGGUGGCACUUCAGUUCACGGUUACUUUUGGUACUUGAUGGUUUUCCUGCGUGAUUUUCGUUUCGGUAAUCGAUAUAUUAGUCAUCAUGCCUUACUACUGAUCCGCUUCUAUUUGGCUCAGUUUUAUUAUUUGGGUCUAAUGCGAUUACGUUAUGAGCGGGCAAGGAAUCGUCUGCAUCUCACAGAGUACAGUGUCACCAUAUCGAGGAUGAUCAGUCUGCCAUUUGCUUAUUUUCUGAGUCUGGCUCUGCUGCAUCCCUAUAAAUUAUUGAUGCAUUGGCAACCCUAUUUUUUCGCCUGCGUAUGGUUGCUACAACCCCGUCAUGUGUAUGAGAGACGAGUGCGAUUGAUGAAUCGUUUUCUACAAUUGGCCGGACAAUUGUAUCGCAGAAGUCGUCGUAAAUUGGAAUUAUCCUGGCUGCUGCUCCUUCAGUUGGCUAUUAAAUUUAUAAGCUUUAGAUUGAUCUAUGUGUCAUACGAUUUGAGCAGAGCCCAUGAGAUAGAAACCGUUGUGAUGAUUGCUCUGGUCUUUAGUCUGCCAGUGACUUUGACCAUUUGGUUAAUGGACAUGAGUCAGCAUCUGGUGAGCAUUGGUCUGACGCUGCUUAUCAAAUCCUUUGAAAUCCUUGACGAUGAAAUGGCCCAGGUUAUGAAAAUGAUGUCAGUGCAUGUCAUCAAGGCCCAGUAUGGUCAGGUGCGACAAUUGCAUCGCAGAUUGCGUAUCCUGCAACAUUUGUAUCUGGCCUAUGGCCAACUAACUCAGCAAUUGCUCAACUGUUGGGCGCCACAGCUGUUCCUCAUCAUUGUCUAUAAUAUAACGUUGAUUUAUAGCCUCUCAUCGGCCCACUGGAAGCAUCUAUUCAGCAUCUCACUCCUCAUAUACAGUUUACUCAUGCUCUUCAAAUCCUUGGACAAUUUGGUUAGCUUAGCGCGUACUUCGCGACAAACGAGUUGGCGUAGUGUGGCUCAGCAAUUGGAAUUCGAUCAACUGUUGGCUCAAUAUUGUUGGCUUGAACGUCGUCGUAUUGGUUACGGCUAUGUCCAGCACGGUGAUACUUGUGGCCAAAUUGUACGCCGUUCGUGGACUCAGCCACGUCUCAAAGUUCUCGGUCUACUCACACCCAAUCGAAAGUUGUUUUUUCGUUUGCUUUUUGCCUAUUUCUCGUUUUUGCAUUUGCAUUUCAUGUGGAAACGAAUGUUACCCGUGGUCAGAAAAGAAAUAUUAAUAAGUAGCGAAAUUGAAAUGGUAUACAAAUAUGUUGAGUGA